AUGACUAAAUCAACUAAAUCCGAUGAUAGAAAGACUAAUACACCAUUUUACGGUUUUGUAUUUUGUACUUUUGUAAUCAUUCUUGCAAGUAUUUUAAUACAAACACGUAAUUCUCCACCUGUAAACAAAUAUCUUUCUAAAACAAUAUCACCAAAAAAACCAUAUGAAACAUUUGAAGAAUUUUAUCCACAUUAUCUUCGUGAACAUAGUCAAAAAACAACUCGACAAUGGCAUUAUGUUGGCACAACUCUUGUUAUUAUAAAUGUUUUAAUAAAUCCUAUUCUGUCAAUUCCAAUGAUCGCUUCAGGGUUAGCUUCGUAUUCUGUAAUGCCAUUCUUCCGUCAUUUACCAAAUGGCUUAUAUGAAAUAGUUUUAUUUGGAAUAAUUUAUCUUAUUGGUGGUAAAUUAUUAACGCGUUCGUUUAUAAAAACACUUCUACCACUUUUAUUUGGAUAUGGUUUUGCAUGGAUCGGUCAUUUCUUUUAUGAACAUAAUAAGCCCGCAACAUUUAUUUAUCCAUCUUAUAGUUUGAUGAGUGAUUUUCGAAUGAUAUAUGAUGCAAUCAAAGGACAAUUUUUUUAA